CUCGCCCCUAGCAUUCCGCACUCGACGUGAGGGCAAAGCGCACGCCCCGUUCUCCACCGAUCGCGACCGACGCGCCGCGCGCCCGCGGCUAGGCAACCGCCAUGUUUGACGUUUUCGGCUCCGUGAAGGGGCUUCUCAAGCUUGACUCCGUUUGCAUCGACAAUAAUGUGUUCCGCUUGCACUACAAGGCCACCGUGAUCAUCUUGAUCGCGUUCUCGCUGUUGGUCACCUCGCGCCAGUACAUCGGCGACCCCAUAGACUGCAUUGUGGACGAAAUACCCUACUCAGUCAUGGACACCUACUGCUGGAUCUACUCGACUUUCACCAUACCUAACCGGCUCGUGGGCCGAGUCGGCAAGGACAUGGUUCAGCCCGGCGUGGCGCCGCAUGUCGAGGGCCAGGACGAGGUCAAAUACCACAAGUACUACCAGUGGGUGUGUUUCGUGCUGUUCUUCCAAGCUAUCCUGUUCUACGUGCCGCGGUACUUGUGGAAGACGUGGGAAGGAGGCCGCGUCAAGAUGCUUGUGCUGGACUUGAACUGCCCUGUGGUCGGGGAAGACUGUAAACAAGACCGCAAGAAGCUCCUCGUCGACUACUUCUAUACCAACUUGCACACUCAGAAUUUUUAUGCGUUCCGUUUCUUUAUCUGCGAGGUGUUGAACUUUAUCAACGUGGUCGGUCAGAUAUAUUUCAUGGACUUCUUCCUUGACGGCGAGUUCUCGACGUACGGCAGGGACGUGGUGCGCUUCACCGAGAUGGAGCCAGAGGAGCGCGAAGACCCCAUGGCGCGUGUGUUUCCCAAAGUGACCAAGUGCACCUUCCACAAAUACGGUCCCUCGGGAACCGUGCAGAAGUUUGACGGCCUGUGCGUUCUGCCUCUGAACAUCGUCAACGAGAAGAUCUACGUGUUUCUGUGGUUCUGGUUCGUGAUCCUGUCGAUUCUGAGCGCAAUCUCGCUGGUGUACCGCGCGGCGGUGGUCGCUGGGCCGCGCGUGCGCCUCUAUCUGCUGCGCGCGCGCAGUCGCCUUGCCCCGCAAGACCAGGUUGAAGCAGUGGCUAGGAAGCUGCAAAUAGGGGACUGGUUCGUCCUAUACCAGCUAGGCAAGAAUAUCGACCCGCUGAUUUACAAGGAGCUGAUGGGCGAGCUGGCGGAGAAGUUCGAGGGCAAGGACACGGUGUAGCGCGGAUGUCGCGUCGGGCCGUCCGCCACAUUCCAGAGCCGCGGCAUAGCCCCGCCGGCACACACAUUGUAUUCCAGGACCGCUUUAACUAAACGCUGACACGACAUUAUGUUAGUUGGUAACUCCAAACGCAACUCGACUGAGGCGCGCCGCCAAGCCGCCGCGCAAGCAUUUAGUAUAACAUUUUAGGGCAUGUUUACAUUUAGUCGUAGAUGUAGGUAGAUCUCGUGCCUUCGUUUUUGAAUUUUUGUAUUAUUUGUGUGCGAGUGAACAACGUUGAAGGGACGUCUCAUUGUGAUAUGUAAUUAUUAUUAUAUCUAAAUUAAGUGUUUACGUGUAUGAGGGUGACCGAGUGGCCGUUGGCUUAUUCCUAAGUUUUAGAUAGUUAUCUAUUGUAACGUCUUUGUUAUCGAAUUUUUUACUCGAUACGAUAUUGUAUAAAGCAAUAAUGAAUUAUUAUAAGAAAUCGAUUAAUAUUGACAAUGGUUAGACAAUAUUGUAACGUAUACUAAUAAUAACGUGUCUAUACUUUUUUACGGAUGAAAUCGAGUCGAUCAUGGUUAAUAUUUUCUGAAUAUAUUUACUGCCACAUUACA